AUGAUCCCUCAAAGUGCAUGCACAGUUCUAUGUUGUAACUGUGGUGUUCCGAUUGUUGGUGCUGCAGGACUCGUUAUGUGCCAGGACUGUAUCCGACUAACAACCGACAUUUCCACAGGAAUUCCGCGUGAAGCCACAAUCCACUUUUGCCGUAACUGCGAGCGGUUUCUCCAACCUCCUUCACAAUGGAUCGCAGCACAGCCAGAAAGUCGUGAACUACUGGCGCUGUGUCUACGCCGUCUUAAAGGUCUUGGAAAAGUCCGUCUUGUAGAUGCCAAGUUCAUCUGGACUGAACCACAUUCUCGCAGAAUCAAGGUUAAACUUACAAUCCAGGGAGAAGCUGCACAAAAUACUAUUGUUCAACAAAGUUUUGAAGUCGAAUACGUUGUCAAUGCAUGCCAGUGUCCUGACUGUGCACGAUCCUUUACCGUCAAUACAUGGAAAGCAGUGGUUCAACUGCGUCAAAAAGUCCCCCAUAAACGUACCUUUUUUUACUUGGAACAGCUCAUUCUUAAACAUAGUGCGCAUCUUGAUACUGUUUCUAUAAAGGAAAACCGAGAUGGUCUUGAUUUCUAUUAUGCAACACCAAAUCAUGCCGUCAAUAUGCUGAGUUUCCUGUCGGCAGUGGCUCCCGUUAAGUAUAAGCGAUCUGAAGAGCUUAUUUCUAUUGAUACCCACUCUGCCACCAAAAACUACAAAUUUUCAUACUCUGUUGAGAUUGUACCGAUUUGCCGUGAUGAUCUGGUUGUUUUACCUGCAGACGUUGCUAAUGCAUUGCACAAUAUCUCUCCGGUUGUUUUAUGCAACAAGGUCAGCAAUACUUUGCAGUUCCUCGAUCCCAAUACUCUGCAAACAGCAGAGCUAACAGCACCUGUGUACUGGCGUACUCCCUUUGCAUCGCUUGCUGACUCAUCUCAGCUUGUGGAGUUUAUUGUUCUUAAUGUUGAACCUUUGGGUCCUAUGCGGGGCAAGUUUGCGCUUGCUGAUAUUGAGGUUGCUCGAGCCAGCGAUAUUUCACGCAACACACAGACUUAUCAGCUUCGUACACAUCUGGGUGCUCUUUUACGUCCUGGAGAUAGUGUUCUUGGGUAUUAUUUGGUGAACUCGAACUUUAACAGCCGAGAGUUUGAUUCUCUUCGUGUUGGGGUUGCACCAGAUGUUGUGCUUGUUAAGAAGCACUAUCCUGGUAAGAGAAAGAACCGUGGUCGCAACUGGAAGCUUAAACGCAUGGCCAAGGAACACAAUAUUGAAGAUGAUGCCCGAGUGUCGAAGAAUGAUCUUGAUCGGGUUGAACGUGAUUAUGAAAUGUUUUUGCAGGAGCUGGAAGAGGAUAGAGAGCUGCGUGGCAAUGUCAAUUUGUACAAGAGCAAUCAGAAUAAUCUACCUCGUAAUCCUAAUAGCAUGGACGAUGAUGAGGAUGAGGAUGAGGAUGAGGGUAAAUAUGAUACCAAUGCUCCCCAAGUGGGUCUUGAUGAACUUCUUGAUGAUUUGGGAGAUCUCAAUCUUCAGGAUUAA